UGUAUCAGGGCGGACUGGCAGAUUGACUGCAGUAUAAUGAUUCACUCCAAUCAGUCCAUUCACUCCAUCUUCUGCUGCUGCUGCUGUGCUCUACAGACCAGAAGCAGCACUCGUGUGGAUGUGAACCACAGCAGAUAUCCAGGAUCCGUCUAUAUGAGUCAGCUGUCUCAGAAGAAGCUCCCUCCGUCUCCUCCUGAGGAUGAUGAUAUUGGUGUGAUGAAGGUGGUGGCCAUAUACGACUUCACGGCAAGAGAGAGUUCAGACCUGACGCUUCGUCAUGGAGAGACGUACAUCAUCCUCCACAAACAACACCAGCUGUGGUGGAGAGCCAAAGACAAGCACGGGAACAAGGGCUUCAUUCCCAGUAACUAUGUUACAGAAAUUGGAACUAUAGAGGCCAAUGACUGGUACUGCAAGAACAUCAACAGAGCUGAAGCAGAACAUUUGCUUAGACAAGAGGGGAAGGACGGAGGGUUUGUGGUCAGGAGCUCCAGUCAGCCCAGCAGCUACACCGUCUCCGUUUACACACACAGUUCAGGUAAAGGGGAGGUGAGGCACUACCAGAUCAAACAGACAGACACGGCUCAGUUCUUCUUGGCAGAGAAUCACGUGUUCGGCUCUAUUCCUGAACUCAUCAACUACCACAGACACAAUGCAGCAGGGCUGGUUUCCAGACUGCGAUAUCCCAUCGGCCCCAUGGGCACAUGUCUGCCGGCCACAGCGGGAUUCAGCUCAGAUAAAUGGGAGAUCAACCCGUCGGAGCUGACCUUCAUGAAGGAGCUGGGAAGUGGUCAGUUUGGAGUGGUGCGGCUGGGAAAAUGGAGAGCGCAGCAUAAAGUGGCCAUUAAAACCAUCAAUGAAGGAGCCAUGAGUGACGAUGAUUUCAUAGAGGAAGCUAAGAUCAUGACGUCUACUCGUUCUCUACGUGUUUUGACUCAAGUGCCUAUUGUGGAUUAUCUCCUGUAUAAAUGGGAGAUCAACCCGUCGGAGCUGACCUUCAUGAAGGAGCUGGGAAGUGGUCAGUUUGGAGUGGUGCGGCUGGGAAAAUGGAGAGCGCAGCAUAAAGUGGCCAUUAAAACCAUCAAUGAAGGAGCCAUGAGUGACGAUGAUUUCAUAGAGGAAGCUAAGAUCAUGACGUUGUGUGGAGGCAUGCUGACGACCAGCAGCUUCAGGCGUCCCAUCUGCAUCGUGACGGAGUUCAUGGAGAACGGCUGCUUGCUGCACUUCUUGCAGCAGCACAGCAGAACUCUGGGCCGCGUCCAGCUGCUCUUCAUGUGUCAGGACAUCUGCGAGGGCAUGGAGUACCUGGAGCAGAGCAGCUUCAUCCACAGAGACCUGGCCGCGCGGAACUGCCUGGUGAACGAGAGGAACGCGGUGAAGGUGUGCGACUUUGGCAUGACCAGGUACGUUCUGGAUAAUCAGUACACCAGCUCCAUGGGCUCCAGGUUCCCCGUCAAAUGGUCGCCACCUGAAGUUCUUCACUUCAACAAGUUCAGCAACAAGUCAGACGUCUGGUCAUUUGGCGUGCUGAUGUGGGAGGUUUUCUCGGAGGGAAAGACACCAUUUGAGAACUGCUCCAAUCUGGAGGUGGUGGAGAAGGUGACACAGGGCGGCCGUCUCUACAGGCCUCACCGGGCAUCUGCGCACAUCUACAACAUCAUGUACCGCUGCUGGCAUGAGAGACCUCACGGACGACCACCUUUUUCUGAGCUACUGCAGAACAUCAGACAGAUCACUGAAGAGGAGACAGACACAUGAACACACACACUCACACACGAGCUCAGAAAACGGGAGGACUGUUGAGGAUGUCUGUUGAUCUUCAGCAUGAGUUGAUGUGUGUGUGUGUGUGUGUGUGUGUGUGUUUGAUGAACUGACAUCUUAUAGUCAUAAGUGAGAUGUUUUAUAUAUAUAUAUAUACACUGUAAACAUGCAACUUCAUGUCAGUCUGUAAGCAUCUGAGGACAUGAAUAAAGACGCUCACCAUGGG